AUGCCGAAGACCGUGCCGGCGAUGCGCGGCGCGAACGCCGGCGCGCUGCGGCCGCACUGCGCGCUCGGGAUCGAUGCAGCGCGGCUCGAAGUGGACCUCGCACCGCGGCGCGAAAAGCGCCCUUGGGGCGGCGAGAAGGCGUUUGACGGCGUUCACGGUGUCGAGGCCCUCGCUGAGAUCUGCCGGGCGACGGGCGUCAUCGUUCUCGAUCAGGACCUCGUCGUCCUGCGCAACAUCGACCACCUCUCGGGCGCGCCCACGCCAGGCGUGGUCAUGCAGCACUCACCGAGCUUCGCGGGCUACUGCUUCCCCGCGGCGGUGAACUCGGGGCUGAUGGUGCUCGAGCCUUCGACGGCCGUCUUCCGCCGAGCCUUCGACGGCCUGCAGAACCGCAGCCGCUUCAAGCCGCGCCGGAAUGACAAGAGCGACCAGGACGUGUGGCGUGUGCUGCUCCCGACCGUGCAUGGCCUGCUCAUCGGCUACAACGCGCUCAAGUACGCCAACCUCGUCUCGCCCGCCGAGUGGAGCCAGAUCCACGUCCUGCACGACGCUUGGCAAAACCUGGGGAGCAGAUGGUGGAAUCGGGGCAACGGCUCUGCUGUGUACACGGAAGUGAUGAGGCUCUCGCGGCAGAGCGACAAGUACCUCUGGGCGCGAGCGAACGCAUCCGCAAGCAGCGCGCGUGCCGACGGGCUGUGGUGGAGAUCGGAGAGCGACCAAAAGUGGAUCCGGGCGGGGAAGGAGCACCCUCUGGUUGCUUAA